AUGGAGUGCAAAUCAUUUGAUAAGCCUAAAAACAAACACAAGAAGGGAUUGUGGUCACCAGAUGAAGAUCAGAAGCUGAGAGACUACAUCCUGAAACAAGGCCAUGGCUGCUGGAACUCUGUUCCCAUUAAUACUGGAUUAAAAAGGAAUGGAAAGAGCUGCAGAUUAAGGUGGAUUAAUUAUUUAAGGCCAGGAUUAAAGAGAGGAACGUUCAGCACAGAAGAGGAGGAGACAAUCUUGACCCUUCAUCAAACAUUAGGCAACAAGUGGUCUCAAAUAGCACACCAUUUGCCUGGAAGAACUGAUAAUGAGAUAAAGAACUACUGGCAUUCUCAUCUGAAGAAAAAGGUAGCAAAACUGUAUGAAACUGAAACUCAGGCAAAGCCUGCAUUCACAGGUGGAGAAAUGGAAAAUUUAAACUCUUCGUCUACUUCCCUGAAUUUGACUACUCAAAACUCAAGUUUCGAUUCAAUCAAAUACACGGAAGGAUCAUUAAUGGAUACGGAUCAAUCUACUGAACAAAAGAGUCCAGCCCAAAAUUUUAAUUUACCCAAAAUUCUUUUUGCUGAAUGGCUCUCAUUAGAUCAGUUUCAUGGCAAGGAUUUGCAGAAUUCUAGCCUUUUCAAGAAUACUUUUGACAACCCUAAUACCAACUUUCAAGAUGAAUCCAUUCUUGGUUUACUGCUUGAUGAUCAGACGGUUGAGAGGGAAAUGCACACAAAAGCAAACAACAGUUCAGUUGAUGAUAUAUUUUUUCCAGCGUUUGACCAAGAUCUGCUUUUGGAUUAUUUUCCUGUUUAUUUCUGGGUUCUUCUUGAAGAAUUAAUGGCGAAAAAGAACGAGAAAAAGGAGGAAGAGGUGGAGAAGAAGCAAAACUUAAGAAGGCCAUGCUGUGACAAAAACAAAGUGAGAAGAGGGACUUGGACUCCUGAAGAGGACAAAAUUCUUAGUGACUUCAUCAGAGAAAAUGGGCAUGUAAUUUGGCAAGAGCUACCUGAACUUGCUGGUCUGAACCGAUGUGGAAAGAGCUGUCGACUUCGUUGGACAAACUAUUUACGACCUGACAUUAAACGUGGUAUCUUCACUCUAGAGGAAGAGUAUACUAUUUCUCGGCUCCAUGCAGAGAUUGGUAACAAAUGGUCUUUCAUAGCAGCCAACCUACCGGGAAGAACAGAUAAUGACGUAAAAAACUACUGGAAUUCGCAUCUAAGAAAACGCUUUGACAGCAUACGCUCCCACCGGCCGUCUCCUUCCAUAUCAGCGGGCGUGAAUUCAGAAUCUGCACUAGCUCGCCACAGGGCAGAGUGGGAGUGUGUUCGACUAGAGGCUGAGGCUCGACUGCCCAAAAAUCCAGUGCUUGCCAAUCCACCAACUGUGGCUAAUUCUGAGGGCGACUUUUUCCUCCGCAUGUGGAACUCCGAAGUUGGGAAAGCCUUUCUAAACAUUAAUGCAAGCACUGGGGAAUGCAGUGGAACAAAAACUCAGUGUCCUAUAUCUCAGAUGUCAUUGACAAAAGUUGGGGACUCUAAGGUUGGGAAAUCAUUUCUCAACUUCAAUGCAAGAAUUGGCGAAUGCAGUGGAACAAAAACUGGCAGCCCUGCAUCUCAGACAUCGUCAAUGACAAAAGUAUAUUCUGGUUUGGGUUCGGGAGUUACAGCUAAUGCUGAACCUUGUAAGAACCUAGGAUCCACUGACAUGACAGGCCAACAACACAUGGGAAAAUCUGCACUAGCUCGCCACAGGGCAGAGUGGGAGUGUGUUCGACUAGAGGCUGAGGCUCGACUGCCUAAAAAUCCAGUGCUUCAAAAUCCACCAACUGUGGCUAAUUCUGAGGGCGACUUUUUCCUCCGCAUGUGGAACUCCGAAGUUGGGAAAGCCUUUCUAAACAUUAAUGCAAGCACUGGGGAAUGCAGUGGAACAAAAACUCAGUGUCCUAUAUCUCAGAUGUCAUUGACAAAAGUUGGGGACUCUAAGGUUGGGAAAUCAUUUCUCAACUUCAAUGCAAGAAUUGGCGAAUGCAGUGGAACAAAAACUGGCAGCCCUGCAUCUCAGACAUCGUCAAUGACAAAAGUAUAUUCUGGUUUGGGUUCGGGAGUUACAGCUAAUGCUGAACGUUGUAAGAACCUAGGAUCCACUGACAUGACAGGCCAACAACACAUGGGAAGUACAAGCAGUUAUAAGGAAGCAGACAUGGCAGCUUAUUCAAACUCAACAAAGUCGUAUGAUUUGGAUGAUUCUGAAGCAAUGUGGAAUUUAUUACUAGAGUUCUCGGAUACUGGUAAUGAUAUGGGAUUCCUAUGA